UGUUGAUUGUUGUUUCUUGAGUGGCUUGAAUUUUGUUUCACCCUUCGGUUUACAAAUGCUUUAUCAACUUUCAUUGAUGAGCGAACACUAGAAAGUGGUUGUGAAAUAGUUUAAAACAUGUAUUCGAAAACUUGUGCAUCGCGAACGUGCUUUAAUACUUCACGCACGAGACCUGAUUUGACGUUUUUCUCAUUUCCAAAGUCAGAACAGUUUAUACGAGCUUGGGCAGAAGCAUGCAGUUCUCCAGAAUUGGAAAAUAAGUCGCCAGAUCAACUCACACAGCUCUACCUUUGCGCAGAGCAUUUUGAAGAUAAAUGUUUCACGGAUCCGAAAGAAAAAACAACGCUUAUCAAAUGGAAGGAUAUUUAUUCAAUACCGACGAUAUUCAAUCACAAUGCACCUGAUCCUGCUGAACACAAUAGUGGUCUUCAGGGGACCAAUCCAAUGCUAAAACUUCUUUUAAAAGGAUGUACUAAUAGCAGAUUGCAGAAAAUAUGUAGACUCUGCAGUUGUCUGAAGCCCACACAAUGUCUUGUUCCAAUUUAUGGCAGCUACUACCAACCAUUAAUGGUAAAACUGCAGCCUUUCGGGAUAUUUCUGUCACUAAAUGAUGGAUUACCCUCACAUAUUUGUCGGACUUGCGCUGCGAAAUUGUUGUUAUGCGUCGAAACGCUGGAACAAUUUCACGAGUCUGAAUUAAAAUUAAAAUUAGCAGGAUCGACAGACAUAAGCACAAUAACAUACGAUCAGCCUGGAAUAUUAGAUAAAAAUGUUAUAAAUAACGACAGAAAUGAAGCGAAUGAAAAUAAUAUUUCUAUAUCAGUUCCCACAAGUUCUCAGCAAGAAGAACCGGAAAAAGAACAUUUGGACAGUAUAAAUAACUUUGAAGUAGAAGACAUGGCAAUGAACGAUGGAAACAAUGAAAAUUUGGUGAAAGUAGAAGUGAUGGAUGAAGAAAGUAACACGCUAGACUCUAACGAAAUUGACAUUGACCUUCCAAUUGUGAAACAAGAAGUUGAAAUUGAGGAAGUUUCGCCUACGAAUGAUGAAAAUUUUGGAGAAAGUACAUUGCCUCAUCCGGUAUCGUUCAUCGAUUUCCAAGAGUUUGCUACAAUAAGCAACGAAAAAGAACAAACGACCACUGUCCUUGAACAUGAUCCACUCAGUGACGAGUUCCGAACCACGUGUAAGCAUUGUCGUCGAAUAUUUAUUAGCACAGCAUUUCUGAUGAAGCAUAUAGAGAAAGAACAUGUGACUGCUCAAACUUCUCCAGACAUAGUUAAAGAUCCAAAAGUCAAAGAAUAUAAAUGCAAAGUCUGCAACGCGAUGCUCAGCAGUGCCAUAGCAUAUCUUUCUCAUUUAAAAAUGCACGCCGCCAAAACUCCAGGCAUUGAAAUCACGAAUUUAAGAAGCCAAGUUUUUCCAUCUACUAGCGAGAACAGUUUCUCAAACGUAGCGGAACAUAAAGAUGUUGACGAAGCGGAAGAUUCGCCUAGAAAAUUUCGAAAAGUCAGUCUUCUGAGAAGGACUGCUAAAAAAGAUUUCAAAUGUGAUUUUUGUGAACUUACUUUCCCUAAAAAAGAUGAACUGUGUGCACAUUUUAAUAUCCAUAAACUUUUUCUUUGUGAUACGUGCGGUGAUAAAUUUUGGAGACAAGAAGAUUUUCAAGAACAUAUGGAAACGCAUAAACCUGUAAUAACCGACAGGUAUAUCAAUAAACCCUUUCGCAUCGAGAUAGAAAAUACACUACCAGUGCAAAAUAUACAAGUGAAAGAAAAGGAAACAACAGGAGAGAACAAUGUUGACAAAAGCACGAAUCUUGAGGUAGAGGAGGAAUCCGUAAUAUGCUUUGUAGAUGUCCCGAUCAAGGAAGAAAAAUUCAUUCCCAUCGUUGAUAUUGAAGAGGACCCGAACUCCAAAGAUCAAAUUCUGUCGAAAUCCGAAUAUAAAAGCAAGGACGAGACCGAAAAUGAAGAAGAUAGUAAAGACACCAAUGGUUUAGUCAACGUCUCUGAUGAAAGUUCAGAAGAAUCUGACCCACAGUUAAAAGUAGAAAUUGAAAAGGUCCUUGCGGACAGACAUAAAAUGUACGUGUGCGAGAAUUGCGCAGCAAUAUUUUCCACAAAAUUUGGAGUGACUAGUCACAUAUAUAAGGAGCACCCUAAUGAUACUAUAUCAAAGAACUCUUACAAAAAGCAUGAAGUUGAUAAUAAGUUUCUAUGCGCAAUUUGUAAUCUCAGUUUCGGAACGGUAGGGGAUUAUGAAUUGCAUCUAAAGAGACACAUGAACGCUAGUUUUAAUUUACCCAGAAAUGUUUGUAGCAUUUGUGGCUAUAAGUUCAGCAGUGAGAAGAUGUACAAGUUACAUAUGCGCAAUCAUAUGGAGAAAGGCUAUGAGGAAAAAAAACCUACGAAGCAUGGGAUUUUAGAUCUCAGCCAUCUCCAGUGCAGAUUCUGCGGGGAACAAUUCAGCACGAAUUUUAUGCUGAUGACUCAUUUAAAAUCCGCGCACAUGCUUUCGUGUAUACAAUGUAAUGAGAAGUUUGAGACAGACGAAAGUUUCAAAAAUCACAUGAGAAAGACACAUCAAGAAUCAAUGUUUAUUUGCAAUAUUUGUGGAGAUCAUUUUGCUUCUGAUGAAAGCAUUUACAAGCACAUAGUUAAGCAUGGAACUGGAAAGACUGAAAAUUUGCACGACAAGUUGGAGAAACCAUUGAGAUGCAAGAUAUGCCACGCCACGCUUAAGACGAUGUAUAUGAUGAAGUGUCAUAUGGAUAAGCACAGUGGAGUAAAAGAUGCCUUUGCUUGUGACAAGUGCGAAAUGAGGUUUGAUAUAUGUUCGAAACUUGAUGAACAUCGCCGAAAGCAUGAGCCGAAAGUCGAUUUCGACCGGCCGUAUGCUUGUACAGUUUGCGGCAAUAAAUAUAUUUUAGAGACAGCAUUGAAGAGGCAUUAUGUCAGAGAACACUUCACACAUAUCGCGAGUGUCACGAAUGGGAAAAGAAAAUUACUUGAGUCACAGAUAAUGGAAAUUUAGUAUGAAAUAAUGAAAAAAGAAAAAGAUUGCUGUACAUUCUUUCGAUGAUUUUAUUUCAAAAGUGAAAUGAUUAUUAUUAGUAAUAGCUGUGCACCUAAAUUUAGGUAACAUCAUUUUUCGCGGGUUUUCAAAUAUUUGAAAGCAUUUUGGGGGAAAAAGGGGGGAUAUGUUCUUGUUUUUCAGUGAAUAAACAAAUCGAAAACGCAUACUAUUGGUCCAAUACUGCCUUCUAUUUUUUGUAAAUAGAUCAUAUUAUUUAUGUGCUGUCCGUUAAAUUGUAUUCUAAGCUGAUUGUUAAUUG